AUGAAGGUUCCUCUAAAUUUGAUACUUUUUGGUAGUACUGCUCCAUUAAUGACUUGUUCGAACACCAACACCUCAUUCCAAAGGAACCCUCCUUCAGAAAAUUCAGGUGGCUUGCAUCUGGCCACACCCCCACGCAACCCACAAACCAACAACCCCCUAUCAGUUGUAGACCAGGGCUGUCGCUGCCGGAGGAAUCCACCAAUCACAACACCAGUGAUCGGUCGGACCCAGGCGGGAGCAAGACACGAGCCCUGGCCCAAAAACGCCGCCAAGACAGCCCCCAGAGCCAGCGGCCGAGGAAGACGCGGUGACUCACCGGAAACCUCAACACCCUCCGCCAUGGCCAACAACACUCAGGGGAACGCCACGCCGAGGUAG